UAUACCUCAUCAAAAAUAAACUUCAGAGUUUUAUCUUAUCUCUACAAUGACCACACAAUUUAAAUUAUCUGUAUUAUUUAUAUGCUUAUGCUUACAAGAAAAUUUCAGAGUACUGAUACCAAAAAAAUCCAUGGAAAUAGUCCCCAUGACUUCAUUGUUCAUUGUCUGUGAUCAGCACCAAGUACGUCCCUGACUCAGGGGAAAAAGAACCUGGGGACUCUUCAUCCUGGGAGACAACAGUUCAGUCCCCUCGUUCACUUUUCUUUACUCUGAACAGUGGCCACCCUCUGUACAACACAAGGAAACUGGAUUUGAGAGAGAGCUGACAGGGUUUGUAAAACCAAUAAAUACCUAUUGACAGCAGUGUCCAGAAGGCAGAAGAAGAAGCAGAAGGGUUUUAUCUGGUUCUUUUCCUGAUGGUUCUAUGUUUGGUGUUUGCUGAAUAACUCAGAAGUAUUUAUAGGGCCUGUGAGGAAGCACCUCUAACAGGAUAAGAGGCAAAAGUCAUACUAUCUCCCCCCACAGCUUCCUUUGUUUAGCUAGUGAGUAAAUAGGAUCAUGAGUACAGUUCGUCUCAGCUGAGGUCUUUGUGGAAACUGAGUAUGUUCAAGCACGGAGACAGAUGGAACUCAGAAGGCCGAGGAGACAAGGAAAUCUGUUUUUAACACACAUUCUGUGUCCCUGUUGUAAGCAGUCAGCUCCUAGUACUUGUCAAUAAACAUUACUUUAGCACUUACUCCCUAUGUGGUUUGGGGUAAAUGUCUUCAGCACUGUUUUCUGGACUAUGUAGUGAGCUGCUUACCUUACCCAGAAGAGAAUUGUGAUGAUCUUUGAUGUAAUUAUAUAAAAUAUUGAUCAGAACAUUAAGCAUGUGAUACUCAAAAAAUAUGUGUUAGUAUCACAUCUCUGUGUGCUGAUGUGCAAAUCUGCACCUUGGUUUAUUUUAGACUGUCCAUAAGGGAAUAGAGUUCUGAGCUAAAGAAAAGCAAGAGUUUCUUCAGCCUCUUGAUUACAAAUGCCAAGCUCUUGGACUUGCAAGAGGGAAAGUCUUUGCUUUUUCUCUUUUUCUCUAGAAUUCAGGCCUGAACUUAUUGUAUGUAACUGUCUAUUUGCAGAAACCAAGUGGGAACUAAUAAUUCAGAAACUAUCCAAACAUCAACCUUAUGCCUAGACUUCGGUGUUUUUCAUCUCUUCAGCUUGGGAAAGGACAUAUUUCUAUAUUACUACAUCACAGAUGGGUUUAUAGGGAACAUAUUUAAUGCCUUGCUAAACAUACAUAGAAUGUGGAGCCAAUCUCACUGUACCUAAAAACCCUCUUCUUCCCUAGUAGUCAUGCCUAAAGUAUAUCAUGAAAUGAGAACAGCUUAGAUUAUACAACCAGAGAAUUCCAUCAUUCCAUUUCAAACACUUAGCAUGAAACUCGCUAAAUGGACUGACUUCUCUGUGCCCUAAAUUAUAGCCAACUUACCUUCCUGUUUCUCUGAGCUAUAGUGAGGAAGUAAUUCAUGUGAUCAGGCUUUAAAAUAUUUGUUAGGAUGUGAUGACUGGUAAUAAUAUUAUCUAAAACAAAAACAAGUAUGGCAGUACUACAUGUAGCACAUGGAUCUUUUGUUGGGAGAACCCAAUGACUCGUAGAAAUUUACCAGGGGUGCAUUGUCCUGGGAAACAAUGGAUCUGUCCAAGCUUGGGUUUCAGUGCUUACAAAGUGAGAAGAGAAACUAGAAAUGAGCAGCAGCUGAUGGAGCUCUGGCUCCGGUAGUUAGUUGUGAUAUUAUUUGUUAUGGUGGUUUCUUCCUCUUUUCCCCUCCUGGUAGAAUUUAGCAUAUGCAAAGGUUUAUCUAGAGUUCAGUCAUUCUGUUUUCAGACCAGAAACACCACAGGAAAUGUUGGCAGAAUGUGCUGGACGUUUUUCAUUUGCCUUUAAUGACGCCACUAGUUAUCCCUUGUGUCUCAGGAAGCUAAACUCAAAUGAAUAUAUUUUCUGGGCAAACUCAGCCUCUGAGUGAUAUGGAGGCAUAGUCAGGGUGUAAUUCCAAUUCACUCCUGAUGUUCUGCAUCCCAGCCCUUGGCUCUGGUGAGGCAGACCACAAAGUCCCAGUAUGUACCGUCCUUUGUGCUUUAGGCCAUGGGUUGAUAUGAGCUCUGCAGUACAUGUUUUAUCACUCCCUCCCCCUUUGGCUUUCUUAAUAACCUUUUCCCCAAACUGUAGCCCUAUUAGUGAGUUCCCAUUCAUUACCUCUUGAGUGUGCCAUUUGUGAUGGAGAACGAUUUAUCCACUGAGACUCUAAAACAAAAAAGAAAGAACAUGCAAUUUUGCAAGUUGUAUGGACUAUAAAUUACUGAGAGGUGACCUUUGGACAUAAGGACAAGUGGCCUAGAGAUCAUUAAUGUCUAAGAGAUCAAAUUUCUCAGUACCAAUGCUGUAGAACACAGGAUGUGAUGAAAAUGGCCAUCUGUCCACUUAAUAAUUGAUUCCUCCUCCAAGAGUAAAAUUACCUCUGGAUGCUGAUGCCCAGGCAAACCCAAUCUUCAUGACCAAUAUGGAAUGAGUAGGUGUGACUAUGAUUCAUAUCUCUUCUCAGUUAUGACUUUCAAGAAGCAAGUGUGGGUUUGUCACCUUCUCUUUCCCUUUCCCUUGGCUCCAAUAUUCCAGAAGAUGAAAAUAAUGCAGGCCUCUUUAAGGAGAAAACUCUCCGUCAACCACAGUCCCUGGGGACAAACUAUGAGGGAGAUCUAAAUGUUUACAGUGCUGACUGCUAUUUUGAAGUUUACUUGAAGUUAUCUUAGCAGGCAGUAUCAUCCUAAUCAAUGGACUGAUUGGAAAAGACUUUAGGGAUGAAAUCCCUUCCAAGCUUCCUUGUUUGGAAACCCAAAAGCUAUGUCCAAGUUGGUUUGCCUAGAGUGGACUGCCUUUGUCUUUGUUCUUCGAGUCAUCUUUGUGCUUCACAUCCUACACCAGCUAGAAGUUCACUCUGUGUACCUCAUCUUCAGCAUCUGCUACCAUAUGGGGAUCAGAGCAACACUGUAAUUUGACCAUAGCCAUUUUGAGUUCAGCACAUCCUCUUUUCUUCCUUUAUUGAGCUAUGUUUAAAGUUAAGCUUUAAAAGUUCCACUUUCUGGAUGAUGAUGCCUCUACCCUGCACCUUAAUCCCCAGUGCAUUUUACAGCUGUGAAAAAGUAGUCAGUUCCAUUUUUUUUGUAUCAACCUACUCCUAAUCGCAAGAAGAAUUCUUUCUGUCAGACUUCUACGUAGGCUGCUUUACCUCUUCAAGGACGUUCAGCAUGCAUGAGGAAGAAUUAUACAGCUCUCUUCAGUGGGACAUUCCAACCUCAGAGGCCUCUCAGAAAUGUCUGUGUUCUAGCAAAUGUUCAGGAACAUGGUGUGUCGUGACGGUGAUUUCCUGUGUGUUCUGUGUGGGCUUAUUAGCGACAUCCAUUUUCUUGGGCAUCAAGUUCUUCCAGGUGUCCUCUCUCGCAAUGAGUCAGCAGGAAAGACUCAUCCAGCAGGACAGAGCAUUGUUGAACCUCACAGAGUGGCAGAGAAACUACACCCUGGAGAUGAAAAACUGCCAAGUCUUGCAGCAAAGAUCUCCCCGCUCAGAUUGUAACUGCAGCCAUUGUCCACACAACUGGACUCAGAAUGGAAAAAGUUGUUACUAUGUCUUUCAAAUCCAGAAAAAAUGGAAUGGCAGUAAGGAGAUUUGUUUAAACGAGGAUGCCAGACUCCUUCAAAUAGACAGCAAAGAAGAAAUGAAUUUCAUCCUCCACAGCAUACGGAUGACCAAAGGAUUUGGGUACUGGGUGGGAAUGUUUCAAGAUGAACUCAGUCAAUCUUGGUUCUGGCAAGAUGGUUACUCUCCUCUCCCUGACUUUUUGCCAACAGAGAGACCGUUAUCAGCCAGCCAGAUCUGUGGAUACCUCAAAGACCGUUCCCUCUUCUCAGACACCUGCAACAACUGGAAAUAUUUUAUCUGUGAGAAGAAUGCAUUCAGAUCCUGCAUCUGAAAGAUCCUGCUUAGAGUCACCUCUGUUGCAUGAAGGUUUAGAAGAGAUCAAAGAGCAAAUGCAGGAGGAGAUUGGUGUGUGGGCUAUGAAAGCAAACUUGCUUUUAUGUUUACGCUUAGCAAUACUCUUGAAUGUUUUGCAGAUUUCAGUUGACCUUGUCCUGUACUAUGCCAAGGAGAAAAUUGAUUUAGAGCUACAGAAGCCCUGACUCAUUGAGAACAAAGAAGAGAAAAUCAUUUCCUGUUUGUUUGGAAGUCCAAAGUGAUUACCCAUACCACAAAGAAAUUUAGCCAUCAUUGUGGGAAUUUGUUUGUACAGUAAUCCCUAGUUUGUUUUUUAAUAAAUAAAUUUACCAUUAUACUUAACAACUGAUAGAUUUUUCUUCAGAUCAGCUUCUAGGAAUUUUAUAUCAUGAGAUCACACCCUGAGAGGAGACAGAUAGAUUUCCAAACUAGUGUUACUAUGAAUCACAUGCCUGGGGUCCUUUGGCUAUAGAUAGAAAUGAGCAGGAUGGGGACCUCCACUGCUGGUAAUCCUCCUCUGACACCCAAGGCCUAGGGACUGACCUCACAGAUAUAGAGGCUUGCAGUUCCUAACCCUAGGAGCUUGGGGGUCUAUUGCUCUAGGAUCUGGAUGUGCAGGCUGGAGGCUUAUUUCUCUGGGGUUUAAUCACCACUGGGCCGCAGCUCUCGGCAGCUUUUGAAAGCCAUGACACCAGCAGCAGACAGCAGUAAAUAGCAGCAAGCAUCUCCCACUAGUGUUAUGGUUCUUGGACGGCUGUUCCUCGAGCCCACUGCUUCUCUUCUCUGGUAUCUUUACUUGGCCUUGCUUUUCUGCCUUUUCUCUUACUGUUUCUAUGUCCACCAUUCCUCCGUGUCUCUCUGCUUCCGCUGCCCAUCCUCUCUGCCUUGGCCACUCUCUGGAAUUCUUCAGCUGUUCUCUGGUCGUUCUCUACUGCCAUGGUGAUGGUGACUGCUGUCACCACCAGAGCAGUAACUGCUUCUGACGCUGCCUGUGCCUUUGCUACCAUCCUGUGCUUCUGCAGCUUCUUCUGUGUUACCAGCUCAGCUCAGUCUUCCAAAGAUAAAGAGCAAAGGAGGCGAGAAAGGGCCAUUCAGGAAGUCGUUUAUUGUUUCUAAUGUUGCAACAUUAGGAGUAUCAGAGGAAGGUGAGGGGUCUCCUGGCUGACUCUAAAACUAAACCAAACAGCCCACUUAAUGGACAAAAGAGGGUGUAGUGAGGGUGUCCGCAUACGUCAUGGCAGCCCUUCAAGGACUGUGUUUGCACCAAUCACAGCACAGACUCUUCUUUCCACAUUCACAGGUCUUCUCUGGGUCCACAGGUUGGAAGUGCUCCCUCUCUGGCCUGAGUGUGAAUAGCUGCAGGAUAGGCCUGGCCAUCUGCAGUCUGCCAAGGAGUGCUGCUUUCUUUCCUUCCACAGGCUGUUCCAGCCAUGAGGUGGUGGUCUUCAGAGUAAACUCCCUAAACAACUGUACUGCCCUCAGGGCAAUCUGGCCAGUUGUUAGAAAAGAGGCUGCUUGGCUGAUAGCUUGAAUCAUUCACAGACCUUUACAGCCUGUUUACAAUAAAGAUUUAAUAAAACCUCAAUAUAUGGCAAUUCUAAUAGCACUUAACAGUACUUCCAAACAAUUAACAUGUUUAACAGGAUUUAACUCCUGCCCCAACACUGUAGAGUCUUUGAAUUCAUCUGAUCUGUCUCAGAAGGAAAAGAGGCUUCUUCUAUCUGUAGUGUUGGACUGUGCUUUUCAGACUGGAGAGUUCUACUGGGAAAGGAACCCUUAGAACUUCACAUAGGUGAAGAAAUAGUCAGGACAUCAGCAUCAGCAUGUCCUCUGGUAGAGGUGGGACUGUCCAUCCCACCACUCACCAAUCAAACAGUUCACAGUCUGCAAGGCCAAGAUUAAAACCGAGCACUUUCAACUGCCCAUCUCUGUGCCUCAACUUUCCCACUAUAAAAUCAUAAUAUGAUUCACUUCAAAAUACUGCUUAAGAAUGCAAUCCCAAUGUUAUAUGCAAACUAUAGAAAAUGAUAUUUUAGGUAGAAAAGUUGAAGUGAAAAUACUUGCCAUCUAUGAGAAGGAAAAAUUUACUAAUUAUUAUCGUAUUCUAUGUCUACCAUGUGCCAUCUCUAAAUCUUACUACAUAGCAUGCUCUCAAUAAAUAGUCACUAAAUUCAAUAUGGUCGUAUUUAACUUUCAUUCUGAUAAGUAUUCAUUCUGAUAAGGUACAAGAUUUUCAUCCUUUCCUUCUUAUUAAAAUGACAUAACUUAGAUAAAUAAUUUAAAAAUAAUUUACUGAGGAAGCAGGAAUUAUUUAAAUAAAACUAAGCAUCCUUUAACCUGAAGUUCAUUUCUCGGUGGCUAUGGUCCUCUAGCAAUGAGAAGAUCAUGUCUUUGUCUUGUUUUUCUUGUUUCUGUUUAUUUACCUUGACAUGGUAUUUAAAGGGUGGAAGCAUCACACACACACACACACACACACACACACACACACACACACACGACAUAGAAAUGUCUCUAGCUUUCUGCUGAUCCUGGGAGGACAAGCAGCCCACAGACUGUGGAAGUUGUAGGCUAUUUGGUUUCCACAGCUGGCAGCUGGUAGCUAAAUAUACUAAUCUGGAAAGCAGAGAAACAAUGGUGAGUUUUAACAGUAAAGACUGUUUGUCUCUGAGAUUCUUCAAAGGCUUGUCAUCAGGCUAUGUUUAGAGAAAGGAUGGGAAGCACUGAUGAUUCUUCUUAAAAAAGUACAAGGAAACUGAAUGCAAACAUCCUCUGGCUGAUGCUAUCCAGCUUGUAUAUGCAUGAUUCUGUGUUUACAAGCCAGAGAUUUAUCUACAGUGCAGCUGACACAGGAGUCUACAAUGUCCCAGGCAGCCAUGCUGCACCAACACAGACGCAGGGCUUGGGAGGUUCUCAGGGCAGGUUGCUAGUGAUCCAGGAUACCCGUCCUUUUUGAUGGUAAUUAGCCAUAAGAGGGCCGGUUUCCUGUUCCAAUCCUACCAAUGAUGAAUCAGGUACUUUUAAUCCAUCUCCCUGAGUGAACUUUUAAAAAGGGGGGAAAAAGAUAAUUCCUCUGCAAUUGGAAACAGUGCUGCAUAGUAUUGUACACUAAAUGUGCCAAUAAAAUACUGACAUAAUAAUAUUGAUAUAAAUAAAUGUGUUGUUAGAGUCUAAAGAUCUAUGCAUACAGUGAGUUUUGUGUAUCUUAAGUCACACAGUACGUUUUGUGUGUCUUCCAACAACUGCCCUUGACUCCCAAACAUUAAGGCUGGCCCCAGAACACCCACUCGACCCUGUACCUAGUUUGUAAUCUGUUUGUAUUCCCCAAGUAAAAGCUGCCCAUUACCCUUCUCAAACUUCCUGCUGUCACCGGGCUCCUGACCUGUUUCCUGCUGAUAAGUCCUGAGAGUGUUCAAUAUCCUCAGGAAAAGAAAUAGCUCAUUGUGUACCCGAGGGAGCUCACUCUAUGGGAAAGGCCACAUUCCUGUUUGACCUUUCCUGCACUUUCUUUACCUACAGAGUAAGAGACUAGAAAAACGUCUUCUCAUCCCGAGAAAGCCAGUUCAUGUGGUUUCCAUUUUUGAUUAUCAGCAAGACUUACCUUAAAAUUCAUUUUAUGAUUGAUUCUUAUGUCUUAAAUGUUAGAGGAGGCAAUGUUGUACCAUACCCCCCCCUUCUCAUCUUUUGAAACGUUUGUGAUGUUAUUGAUAUUAUCAGGUUUGGAUAAAGAAAGGGGGGCUAAGGGCAAUGAUGAAGAAUAAGAUCAAGAAAAGAAAACAAAUUUUAAAAGCACAAUUUUUCUCUUUUCCAAUGGAAAGGACACUUUGCUUGAGAUCUCAGGUUGCAAAUGAGAAUGCUAUUCAUCCUCUAGAUAGUUAGACUCUUCCAAUCAAUGGUAGUUAGAGAGACAGAUGUCUUCCCUCCAGGAGUACAGAAUGCCAGGAGUCAAAAUUUAAAUGAGAGCCAUGG